GUGCAUGCAUAUAUGCAUGUGUGUGUGAGUAAGUGAGUGUGUGUGAAAGAGAGAGAGAGAGAGAGAGAGAGAGAUCCAGCAGCCAGUGAGUGUAACGUGUGAGUCGAGGAGGAUGGAUGCAAUACCGUGCUGUCUUGCUUUCCUCCUUCUGUUCUUUAACGCUUUGAUUCACCGAUCUGAAGCCUUACAAUGCUACUGUCACCGCUGCCCGAACUCGACAUGCUUCACGGACGGUCUGUGCUACUUCGCCACCACCAGGUCAGGCAGCGUGACCAAGGACGAUAGCUGGUGCAUCAGCGACAAUGAGCUGAUCCCACGCGACCGGCCCUUCGUCUGCGCACCGUCCUCCAGAGACAACACAGGCGUCUACCCCAUGUGCUGCAACACGGACUUGUGCAACAAGAAUCCCAAGAUCGUCAUACCAGUAACAGUAGAGCCGCCAAAACCACUGGGUCCCGUGGCUCUCGCGGCUGUGAUUGCUGGGCCCGUGUGCCUGCUAUGCUUCGUGCUGGUCACAGUGUUCUACGUGUGCCACAGCCGCUCGGUCAUCCACCACCGCGUGCCUAAUGAGGAAGACCCAUCCAUGGACCACCCGUUCAUCACCGUGGGCACCACGCUCAAAGACCUCAUCUACGACAUGACUACAUCGGGAUCGGGUUCUGGUCUCCCGUUGCUAGUGCAGAGGACCAUUGCCAGGACCAUCAUUCUGCAGGAGAGCAUUGGGAAAGGCCGCUUUGGGGAGGUGUGGAGAGGAAAGUGGAGAGGAGAGGAAGUGGCAGUGAAGAUCUUCUCCUCUCGGGAAGAGCGCUCCUGGUUCCGUGAGGCUGAAAUCUAUCAGACAGUCAUGCUGCGUCAUGAAAACAUCCUAGGCUUCAUUGCUGCUGAUAAUAAAGAUAAUGGAACCUGGACCCAGCUGUGGUUGGUGUCAGAUUACCACGAGCACGGCUCCCUGUUUGACUACUUGAACAGAUACACAGUGACUGUGGAGGGCAUGAUCAAGCUGUCCCUGUCCACCGCUAGCGGCCUGGCUCAUCUGCACAUGGAGAUCGUAGGAACACAAGGCAAACCAGCUAUCGCUCACAGAGAUCUGAAAUCCAAGAACAUUUUGGUGAAGAAGAAUGGCACUUGCUGCAUCGCAGAUCUUGGUUUGGCCGUGCGCCACGACUCGGCCACAGACACCAUCGAUAUCGCCCCCAACCACCGAGUGGGCACUAAAAGGUACAUGGCCCCUGAGGUCCUUGACGAUUCAAUAAAUAUGAAACAUUUUGAGUCAUUCAAACGAGCAGAUAUCUAUGCCAUGGGCUUAGUCUUCUGGGAAAUUGCAAGCAGAUGCUCAAUUGGAGGCAUUCAUGAAGACUACCAGUUGCCGUAUUACGAUCUGGUGCAGUCAGAUCCGUCAGUGGAGGAAAUGAGGAAGGUGGUGUGUGAGCAGAAAUUACGGCCCAACAUUCCCAACAGAUGGCAGAGCUGUGAGGCUCUGCGGGUGAUGGCGAAGAUCAUGCGAGAAUGUUGGUAUGCCAACGGAGCUGCUCGCCUCACCGCCCUGCGCAUCAAGAAGACGCUUUCUCAGCUCAGCCAGCAGGAGGGGAUUAAAAUGUAGGCCUGCGCUCCGGGAGAGCUACACACCUUGGCAUAUUAUUAUUAUUAAUUAUUAUUAUUAUUAUUUGCUUGUUCGUUAUCAAAUAUCUGUUCAUUAUAAUGGUCAUGCUCAUUUUUCUGAUUAUCCAUGAUUAUUGCAUUACGAUUUGCGUCCUCCGUGCGUGAGGGGAGAGAACGAUAGGGAGGACAUGAGCACUAAGAAUGAAGGCUUGUUUGGAUUUUAUUUUCUUUUGCUUUGAAUGAUUGACUUUAGCCAGCAAAGGUCAUUUCAUGGUCAGGUACUUUUUUUCCUGUUAGUGUGGGAGAGAUGAGAUUUGCUGGAGACAUACUCGAUAGGGAAUUUGCACCUAGUGUUUUCUCUCUUUCCUUAACACUUGGUUAUUUUUUGUAACUUAUUUUUUUGCUUUGGGUUGUUUUGUUUUGUUUUCUUUUCCAACAAACUGGACAUGACCUCAUUCAGUCUCGGCAAACAUGCUGCAACAUAUGCAAUAUAGAGAAAUCCUAUCCUAUAUUUUAUAUCUUGAUAUGUUCUGUUACUACGGCAACAGUUACAACAGCUUCAACAGCAACAAUGGCAUCCGUGCCCUCCAAGCCAGGUGUUACCGGAAAGUGCCACUGCUUUAAACCAACGUUCCCUCAUGCUGUGGCUCGGCCCCGUUACCUUUCGCUGUCCGUCUAAAUGAGAGAAAGAACGCAAGAACGAGCGCCGCCAUCGCAGGCUCACGGACGAGUCUGUCAUGGAGUCCGUUUUUAUUAUGCACACACAGCGAACGUUAGCAAGGGGCCACCACACACAACUUGCUGGUGCCAUUUCUUCAGUUUUACAUCAUUGUUAUCCUUUUCAUCAUCAUCUUCAGUGCAGCACAGAGGGACGUUUCAGCUCAGACCUCAGUUCAUCUCCAGUAAAGCUGAAAGGCUGUCGCAUGUUCACACCUCCUUGACCCAAUGAUCUGGAAAGAGGAUGCUCUGAGACCUAAUGUGGCCACAUCGGGCCUCUUUUUUCCCCUGAAUGCACUCUCUUUUGUUCUUAACUUGACACAGAUUUGGAUAAACUGAGCUGCUCUUACAGACUGGCGCUUAAUGCAGAAAACUGGACAAAAAAUAAAAAAAGAAGAAGAAAUAAAAAAAAUCCUAUGAGCAGUAUGACUAAAUAAAAACUCAUUGCAGUGUUUGAAGUUGGACACAUCAGCAUUACUCAAGUUGCUGUGUAAAAAAUGGUCUUUCUUAUGGUACUCUUUCUUUUCAUUGUUGCAAAGAUGAUGGGGUAUAUUCAUUUAUCUAUAUAGCAAAUAGAUCUUUACUAAGCCAUAGGUUUUCCACCAUUUUAUGGCAACUCUUUUUUUUGUGUGUGUAGAAUGUAACUUUUAAGAAAAAUCCUGUUGACUGCUUCAAAUAUCCAUUGAGCAAGCCUUAAGGGACCAAUAGCAUUGGAUGUUCCUGUUUUGUUUAUUUAAAAAAAAGAAAAAAGUGAUGUUUCAAAUAAUUGUCCUUAAACAGUGGGGUUAAUAGUCUGUAUAAUGGAAGGAUUAAAUGUAGCAACAAAUCUAUCAGUUUUGUUUGUGACAUCUGUCGAAAGACGUCCUUUUGCCACACAAAUAAGCUUACAGUCAGUCAGGCAAACCUGAAUGGGAUUCUAGUAUCACAUUUUGAAAGGUCUCUGUGAUGCGCGGUUGUAGGAAAACGAUCUUACACUGGGUUAGUGUGAACUAGCCUGAAAUUGAUUAUUUUCUGAUAACAGCAUGUCCUCGUAGGUUUCAUUCCUCUUAUAUCACAGCAAUUUGCCACAAUUACAUUUUUUACUAGACAUUAUACUGGGCGGCACGGUGGUGUAGUGGUUACCACUGUCGCCUUACACCAAGAAGGUCCUGGGUUCGAGCCCAGCGGCUGGCAAGGGCCUUUCUGUGUGGAGUUUGCAUGUUCUCCGCGUGGGUUUCCUCCGGGUGCUCUGGUUUCUGUCACAGUCCAAAGACAUGCAGGUUAGGUUAAUUGGUGGCUCUAAGUUGACCGUAGAUGUGAAUGGUUGCUUGUCUCUCUGUCAGCCCUGCGAUAACCUGGUGACUUGUCCAGGGUGUACCCUGCCUCUCGCCCAUAGUCAGCUGGGAUAGGCUCCAGCUUGCCUGCGACCCUGAACAGGAUAAGUGGUUAUGGAUGGAUGGAUGGAUGGAUGGAUGGAUGGAUAUUUUACUUUUUAUCUGUUUAUAGUUACAUUUUAUGUUACAACUUAGUUCAUGUUAAUCAUACAAAAAAAAAUACAUGAAAAAACAAACCGGAAAGCCCUCCUUCUGAAGACUUCCUUGUUACAGCUUUACCUCUGACUGUUAUAAAGUGCUGACACUGGAGUCUCCUUCCCAAAAUGCUAAAUAAGCACACAGGAAACUUCAUCACUUGAUUUUUUUAACCCAUUUAUAUGGAGCAUCCACUAUAUUAGUCACUGUACAGAAACUUUGUAGCCAGUACUACUGUCCGAGUUGCUGUGGUAUAGAAAAUAAAUCAAGGCCUUUAUAAUCCAAAUUAUAAAAAUAUUUUGGAUGACUGAGGAAUGUCUGCUUUCUAUAAAGCAUCCAUUUUAAAGCUAUAGUGCUGGUUGAGGUACGGUACUUAGCAUGCGCAUCAUGUUUAGUCUGUUUUAUUUGUCUGAUGCUUUUUUUUUGGCACUUUAGAGCGAAACAUAAUUAACACCCAGUGGCCAAGAUGGCCUCUUUAUAGCACGGCAUGUUUAGAGUGCAUUCCUGUACUGUGAUUAUACUGAUUAUAUACACACACUUUUAUACCAUUUAGCCAAAACAUGGGGGGAGUGGGAGGGGGAAUAAUCUCUCAUCAGACACAACACACUGUGCUCGUUUAUUAGUGUGGCAAAUGGAUGUUAAUUUGUGUUGUUUCUUUUUACUAGUAAAAAAAAAAAAAAAACUUGGAUUGAUUGUGUCUUAAGGCAGAUUUGCUGCAUUUUCUGCCUCUGUACAGGAGCAGAAAAAAGGAUUUCAAUUCUCACAAUGAUUGGUAAACUGGUUAGCAAAAGUUGAAUAGAACAGCUUUCGGCUCAAGGCCCAUUCCUGAAAUUCUGUCAUUCCACAGUGCUUUUAAAUUAUGUUGGACAACCUUUGUUUCAUAACAAUUCAAAACAAUUUUUUUUUUGCCAGCUAGCAAGCUUAAAUUUCAUUUAUUUAUUUUUUUCUUUUUAUCAUUCUUCUCUCCUCAGGUUUUGCUCGAUUUGGUUAUUUGAACAUGUGGCGUGUUUUUACACCAGAUAUAUAUAUAUAUGAAAUAUCCAUUCACUCAUUUUAGAUAAAAGUAUGCAUAUGAUACCAGAUUCAUUUUUUUUUGUGGCUGUUGUUUUUAACUGGCAGACAUUAAAUGAAUUUUUUUUUUUUGGUUAGAGGACACAGACUUCUCUUUUCUGCUCCAGUACAGUGAUCUGUCACUUUUGUUUUCCCCCAAAAAGACUUCUUGUUACAUGCUGAGAAAAAUUCUGAGUGGAGUAACUGUAUGAUGGAGGAAGUGUGUAUAAAUAUGUACAUUGUAAAUAAGUAUCUAAAUGUAUGUAACUUGUCUGUUAGCUUGGUGGCCCUGUGGCACAUACAAUUGGUCAAGAAAAAAAAAAUUGAACAGCCGAAGCAGUUCAAGUGAACCCAGUAUGGUCAAGGAUAGAGCACAUCCCCUCCAGAAAGUAUGAUAUAUCAUACGGUCUAAAAGGGAAAAUGAAAUUUUGGUCAUUUAUUAUUGCGAAGGUUCAUCGAAGGCGAGCGUAAUCAUACUUUCUGGGAAACGUAUUUCAUCGUGCCACUGCAGACGUUACUGGGCCGACGUGCAUUUUUUUCGUCCGUCACAUUUCUGUCUUAAAUCACCAGCAGCCUUUUUUCUUUACAGAUUCAGCAGUGACCUAUUUAGACGCCAAAACAUGCAUAUCCAGGUAUUUCCUCACAGUGACAUGCAGGUAUCCUCCUGGCCUUGUCAGGUCAAACCACACCAGCUAUGACUUUUAACAGGAAAUCCAUCCCGCUGCACCUCCGGUUCCAUGCGAGCGGGUGAGAGUGAGAGGACUCUCUCUAUAACACUCACUCCCUCACUGCAUACCGUCUUGUAGGAGAUAUUUUCAUAUAUUUAACGUCGUGUUAUGUACAGUAGGAAAGCAUGAGCUGUUCAGACAGGCUCCUCGACCUCUCUACCGCUCUUUUGCUCUCGAUGUCACUUACUCCUGUGCCUCCAAACCCAUCUGCACCCUUGAACAUGGGCAAGGAUACACUCAUCUGGGGUGGAUUUAACUGACAACAUUUUCAUUCAGAGUCCUGUUAGGUGGCCCAGACUCCUGCACAGCCGUCUGCUGAUCAACUGUGGUGUGUUUGCUUUUUAUGCAGCUUUUUCAUACAACCAUGCACAGGUAUUUGCACAAAAGACUAGCUCAGUUUAAUUCAUGCCUUUUUUUUUUACAUGGAAUAAUUCCAGGAAGGUAAAGGUCUCUCCUGAAUGCAGCAGACGCGAACGUAAACCUUAAACUCAACAUUCCCACCAGUUAGUAUGCCACCAAUUAGAGCAUGACUCGCUGAGCAAUUUCAACGAAGGUCAUGCACAUGCCGAAGAGGGCGUACAGACGGGAUAGUGAGUUAUGCAAACGUGUACGGUAACACAGUCCUCAGGCUUUCUGCUGGCAAUUGCCAAGUUAUUUAUUACAGUUCGAUUCUUUAUCUAUGCCAACAUCCGGACACUGUGAGAAAGAUCCUGGAGGGACGGUGGCCCGGUAGCACCACAGAUCACCAGUAGGUAUUGAAACAGUGGAGCUGAUUUAAUUUGACAGGCAUGGAGAAAGCAGGAGUCUGGGUCAAUAAAGGACUGCAGAGCCAACCAAGGUGCUUUUUCAUUCUCACUCUGUGUGGGUGCGUAUGCGUGCGUGUGUUUGUGUGCGUGUACGUGACAGAAAGGCAGAAGAAAGCUUUAUCCAGUUUCAUUUGGUGCCUAAGUUUGACUAUAUUGUGUUUUGUAUUCCAUGUAGAAUGAUGCACUGCAUGUGAAUGAUUUCUAACGUUUGCAUCAUUUUGGUUUUUAAGGAAAUUCUUAAAAGAAGAAAAAAAGGUGAAAGGCUUAAUUAGUUUAAAAAAAAAGGUCAGAAAGUAAUCCAGAGGGGAAAAAAUACCUCCUUCAAAGACCAAUGUAUUUUUUACCUCAGUGUAUAUAUUCUAUUUGUUUACUUCAAGUUUGCAAAUUUGUUUCUAUGAAAUGCUAAAUUGGAGAAUUCACGUUUUGUGUCAGUGGUACUCUUACGUGCAUUGUGUUGUUCUUGUGUCUCAAUGAACUAUUCUUUUUUUUCCUUUUUUUUGAACCAUCAUCUGUACUUUAUUUCUCAUACUGUACUGUUCUGUUCUUUAGUUCUUAAGUGCUUUACAGGCAUCAGACCAUGUAUUUUAAUGCCUUUUUCUCAACUGUGUAGAAAAUGCAUUAUGGGCCUUUUUGUAAAAAAAGAAAGAAAAGAAAAAAAGAAAAGAAAAAAUUGAACUGGUCAGUAGUGAUUAACGGCAGAGAGUUCACAUAAAGGCUUUGUGGCCCACUUGAUUUUUAAAGCAUUAUUUAUAGACUUUUUAUAGUGUGUACAGAAGUACAAACGAACAACAUAGGAACGUAGGGGAGUGACGCUGAUGUGCCAUUCUAACAUAGUGGACUAGAAAUGGGUGUGAAUAAAAAAAAAAUGUUUAAAAAAA